UCGCGUGUUUUUACAUUCAACCAUGACAUCUAACUCUCUCUCUGUCUCUUUCUCUCUGUCUCUUUCUCUCUCUCUUUUUCUCUCUCCGUCUCUGUCUCUGUCUCUCUCUCUCUCUGUCUCUCUCUCUCUGUCUGUCUUUCUGUUGCUACAGAAACCCAGAGACCCAAAGGAUAAUGUAAAGAAAGUUCCAUCAGAGGAGAAGCCGUUCAGCUGUGACCAGUGUGAGAAGAGCUUCAAACGCAACAGUCACCUCAAAGUCCAUCAGCUGACUCACAGCGGAGAGAAGCCGUUCAGCUGUGAUCAGUGCGGCAAAGCGUUCGCUCGGGCGUGUUCCCUAAAACUUCACUACGGUAUUCACACCGGAGAGAAACGCUUCACCUGUGGCGAGUGCGGAGCCACUUUCCUUCACAAGGGUCACUUCCAAAACCACCAGAACAUUCACACGGGAGAGAGAGCGCACGGCUGUGACCAGUGUGGCAAAGCGUUCACGUCCAGAGGCGAGCUUACCAACCAUAAGCGCAUUCAUUCAGGGUUGAAGCCGCACAGCUGCGAUGAGUGCGGGCAAGCGUUCGGGCGGCGAGGAACGCUGAUUCGUCACCGUCGUAUUCACUCCGGAGAGAAGCCGUAUUGGUGCGAGAUCUGUAAGAAGAUGUUUUCCCGGGAAUACGCCUUGGAAGUCCACCGGCGCGGUCACGCCGGAGAGAAACCGUACGUGUGUGAAGAGUGUGGGAAGGCUUUCAGUUCAUCAGGAAGCCUGUUGGUCCACCGACGCAGUCACACGGGAGAGAAACCGUACGUGUGUGAGGAGUGCGGGAAGGCUUUCAGAUCAUCGGGAAGCCUUAAUGGCCACCAACGCAUUCACGCUGCUACGUUUUGACCCGGCCCCCGGUCAUGUUGCCAGUGUCGGGCAUAUGCAGAUAUUCUUUUAAUCCAUUUCCGGGUAUAUUGCCAUGUGCAUGAAAUAAACUGUGAAAACUAAUUUCCCCCAGUGGAUCAAAUGUUGAACAAAUUUUGGAGAACAUUUUUAAUUGAAACAAAAUCGGAAGAAAUUUUGAACAGAAUUUAAACAAAAUGUCAGAAGCAGAAAAACAAUCAGCUAAAUUCUGAUGUUGUAAAAA